CGAUUCGAUCCCACAGUUUGUACAUACAGGCCAGCUGACGAAGUGCCAUGAUAAUAGAUGAGGGAAGAUAGAGAGAGGAAGAGCAAGAGCAAGUUAGAGAAAGAGGGAGGAAGAGGGAGGAGGAAGAGGAAGAGGCAGGAAGAAGAGAGGGGGUUGAAGACAGGGGAUGCAAGGGACCAGUUUGAGGCCAAUCAGCGUUCCAAAUCGAGAGCCUUCCCUGAGAUGGUUACGGAUGAUUGUCAAGGAUAGCCACGCCGCCGUCCAAAGACGCCAUUCUCGAAUCCCUCGUCGAAAACGUCCGGGCCUGCAAUGCGCGCCUACCGCCCGGAUGCGACAAGAUGGUCUUUGGCGCAUGCGAACUCGAGGUUUCAAUGCCGGUGCUUCUCAACCGGCCUGGCGCGCCCCUCCCGUGUAGGGAGCCGCCCGCCGAGUUUGAGACGGUCAACGGCCACUUUUCAGCCCAAGUGCACGCUUCCUUCAACGCACUGCACGACCUCGGGGACAUGGCAGACAAACCAUCCUCAGACGACGUGGGUCUCUGCCGGCCAGACGAAUGGCUUCGGCCCGUCAUAUUCCGCACCAUCCCAGUCAUGAUGCCUUGGAUUGUGUUCCGUCUUUCGCGCCAUCCCUUCGACCCAAAGUAUCAGGUUGAGCAGGCCACAUACUAUAUUCUCGACAGUGGCCACCACGAGUGCGGCCUGCCUGAGUAA